AUGAGGGCAUCAGUGCGGAAAGUCGAACAGAGAAAUAGUAAAGUUUUUUUUAAGGUAAAUUACCAGACUGUUAAUAAUAUUGUCAAAAGUUUUCAAGACGAAAGACAUUGUCGUGUGAAAUCUCUUUCUGGAGAGCCAAAUAUUGCUUCGGAUAGACAAAAGAGAGCACUGAAGAGGGAAAUCAUCAGAAACCGCCAUUUUGACAUUGAAGAGAUUGCAAACAACAUAGAAAUGUCGCUGUACUCUGUAAGAAAAGUUCUAAAAGAACUAGGAUAUGAAAGCAGCAUUGCAAGAAAGAAACCGUUGAUUUCAGACAUCAACAAUGGGGAAAGUAUGACUAAGCUUGGAAACGCGAGGACAAGGAAGAUACAUUUUGGCAGUCAGUUGUGUGGUCGGAUGAAAAUAAAUAUUUAUACCAAUAUUGUGAAAAAGUAUCGUUGUAAUAAAGUGCAUCGCAGUUUUACGAAUCUUUAUCGGAAAAUUAUACUGGAAAUUUGCCAAUGA